AAGUGGAUAUUAUUGGACGUCGGAAGUUCCAAGCGGCGGGCUUCUCUCUACCAGAUCUGCGUGAACCGCCGCGUCGCUUUGCCCAUCCCGCUAAUAAGGCGCACACAGCAGAGGACUAAGCGCCCAAUAUGCCCUGGAAGGUUUUCUCUCCUGCUUUUAACAGGCAGUUGUCCGCUUUUGUUACACGAGAGGUGCGGAUAGCUUCACGUUGCAUCCAGAAGAAACUGAUCCGAUUUUUACUUAGAGACUUUAAUGUUGUCUGCAUAGAAAGACUAAGAAUGGAGUGUGAAAUGCAGACCCUCUUUGAGGAAGAGAUGAUGGCGGCGGUGGAGGUGAUCAUUGCGGAGAUCGCAAACCACGUAGAGCAGAGUUACUCCACAUCCCAGCUCGAACUGACUCCGGGGAACAAAGAAAGUGAACUCGGUCAUCUCGGAGGACGCUGGAAUUCUGUUAUCAUGGUGGAGACGGCCGGCAGACCGAUCAUCAGUGACGCAGGCAUGGAAAGACUUGCUGCUUCUUCUGAAGUGAUUCCAUCACAAACUAAAGUGCCCAGUGUGAAAAAGGAGCCUUUAGAUCAAGAAACCACCUCAACCGUGGGGUCAGCCAUUGAUCCCUCCUGUUUGUAUGAAGAUGGACACGCCACAAAAAAUGAAACCCCUGACACCGAGUGUAGCACAGAUGAUCCAGGGUGCAUUAUUAAAAAGGACAGCAAAGACGAUGUUGUGCUAUUUGUUAAAGAAGAGGACUCUAACAAAGACUGCUACCAAAUUAGCCCAGAUAAUCGCAGCCUGGAGCCUGAUAAUAAUGCAGAAGGGCUUUAUUAUAGGGAAGCUUGCAACCAAGCAUCAGCUGAUCUUGGAGAAGACAAUAGUGACCAAGAGCUGACUGACAGGUUAAGUUAUGAUGUCCAGCUGUCUUCAGACCCUGAGCACGAGGUUUGUUACCAGGAAUCGAAUGAUACCAUUUAUGAGCUUCAGUUUUCUUCAGAGCAUCAUACUCAUGAGUCACUUAUGUUAGAAAAGGAAAAAUGUGAAGAAGACUGUGACAGUCAAAAAGAUGAAUCUCCAUACACUGCCUCUCCAAAACAACCACAAAAUACACCUGUACAGGAAGAGCACACGUUUGAUUUGUCAUCAGCCAUCCAAGCCUCGCAACAGCAAAUGGAUAAAGAACACCAAGUAGAAAGGGAGGAAAACCCAUUGAGGUCCAGUGCUAUAUCAGCCAGUAAAAAAAAACUCCUGCAGUGUAGAUCACAGCCAGUGGUCAAGCUGGUGCCAAUAGACAGGGCUGGACAUCUACUACAGGGCAAUAAUGAUUCAGCUCUUCAUUACUGUUCUAUAUGUAGUAAGGUGUUCAAAAGGAAAGCUCAGCUUCAAGUUCAUGAAAGAAAUCACACUGCCAAGAAAGCAUAUGCGGCCAUUGUGUGUAAUACCACCUUACCAUCUAAAAGCGGUAAAACCAGUGACAGGCAAGCUGGAGAUGUGUUUCCAUCAAAAGAUGAUCAUCUUCAGGAUCUACACAAUAGUGCUGACGAGGAACGGUAUAUUUGUCAUAAGUCUGAUCGGACCAUUACUUUGAAAAUGAAACCCAACACUGAUACACCAGCUCAGCCUAUAAUCAAAAAACAUAUCUGUGCAAUAUGUGGGAAGAUAUUUCCAUAUAAAAGUUUUCUUGAGAACCAUAAAAGGACUCAUUUUGGACAAAAACUGUAUGGUUGCAGCGAAUGUGGGAAAAAGUUUUCCUAUAAAGGGAGUCUUCAGAGCCAUCAGAGACUUCAUACCGGGGACAGGCCGUAUGUCUGCAUUGUAUGUGCGAGAGGUUUCCGGCAGAUGAGUCACCUGCAGCAGCAUAUGAGGAUUCACACGGGAGAGAAGCCAUACAGCUGCUCCAAAUGUGGGGACCGAUUUAUACAGCUAAGUCACCUUCGGCGUCACGAGAAGGUUUACUCACACUGAUGGCUGCGUCUCCUCCAACCUCACUCUCUCUCUUUCUCUCUCUCUCAUUCUCACUCUCUCUCAUUCUCACUUUCUCUCUCUCACUCUCUCUC